CGCAGUCUGCUGGCUGCGAAUUGCGAGGCCCAGGACUGUGGAAGUACCAAACAUAAACUCGCCGGGCUCUGUCGAAGCCCAGGACGGUGGAACGUACCAAACAUAAACUCGCCCGGCUCCUGUUUCCUUCCCCUCUUUGCAGCCGGUUCGUCUGGGAGUGUUGUUAGCUCGGAAUCAUGGGUAUCUCACGCUCUUCCACCCACAAGAGACGCGCGACAGGAGGAAAGAAGAAGGCAUGGCGGAAGAAGAGAAAGUACGAGCUCGGUCGCCAACCGGCUAACACGAAAUUGUCGAGCAACAAGACGGUGCGUAGAGUGCGAGUGCGCGGUGGCAACUAUAAAUUCCGUGCUUUGAGACUUGACUCGGGUAAUUACGCAUGGGGCUCGGAAGCCAUCACGCGUAAAACUCGUAUCUUGGACGUCGUGUACAACGCUUCCAAUAAUGAGCUGGUGCGGACGCAGACUCUCGUGAAGAACGCUAUUGUGCAGAUUGAUGCUGCGCCAUUCAGGCAAUGGUACUUGACGCAUUACGGAGUUGAUAUUGGCAAGAAGAAGAAGGUUGUCGUCAAAGAAGGCGAGGAUGCUGCCGCUCAGGCAGUUGAUGCCUCGAAGAAGAGCAACCACGUGAUGCGGAAGCUGGAGAAAAGGCAGGAAGGGCGGACUUUGGACUCGCACCUUGAGGACCAAUUCGCAAGCGGACGUUUGCUUGCUUGUCUAUGCUCUCGUCCUGGACAGUGCGGCCGUGCUGACGGGUACAUUCUUGAAGCGAAGGAGUUGGAGUUCUACCUGAAGAAGAUCCAGAAGAAGAAGGGCAAGGGUGGUGCUGGUGCCGCUUAGUGGUGGUAUUAGGUUUAACGUUGCCGGGGCUUGGCUUGAAGGUCGAAUUUUUGGUCCAUGAGCAUGGACAGCAAAGAUUUGUCUUUGCUGUCGAUUUGAGGUCCGUCAUCGGCUUGUCUCUAGGGAGAAGAUAGAUGGUUUUUCGCUCUUGAGCUGGGCCCGACCAGGCCUGUGAUACAGACCUACAGCCUUCGGAACUACUGGGUGCUGUUGUGAUGGAGGAUGUAAAGGUUUUGGCUAAUUGAAGCAGGCUUGCGAUAGACGAGUUAUAUAUCCGGCUUUCGCAUUCCCAAGUCUUUUUGGAGGUUUUUCGACAUCAAUCUGUGGUUUCGAUUGUAAGUUUUGUGGGUUGAUUGCUAUUCUUUUUGAAUUUCGACUCUUUUGUAGUGCAAUGCAUGAUGUGAUUGAAUCCUAUCUUGCUCUUGGCUAAAGCAUACCGAACUCUCAUGCGCCGCUGCUCAAAAGUUCUGUGAAAAUUUGUCGUAUGUGCCGUAUCGUUCGUUGGGGAAUGUGUUUCAUCGAUCUCCUGUUCGCGGCUUGUCGAUGCAGUGGAUAACUCUCGGCGAUGUCGGUAGUUGGUGAAUGUGUCAACCUUCCUCACCUGCACAGAACACAUGGUGGUCGUUGUAGCUGCGCACCCGAACAGAACGCCUGGUCAUUAUUGCGUAGUCGGUCCGACGGCCAGUUCGGACACGGCGAGGAUUACUGGGCGUUCUAUUCGGGUGAAGACUGGUGUCCAUGUGAAGAGGAGGCGAAGUAGCGGAAGGGAUGUCGUGGGCCGUAGUGUGGCAUCCCCUCACCACUCGCGAAAUGCGUUAAUGACAUAAACUAUCGCUCUGUAUCUUUCCAUGAUGUCGUGGAAGUUUGGCAAUCAUUUUGCUCGUCUGGAGAGCUCCGCCGGAGUCCUGGGCGCCUCUUGUCGCCGCUGUUUUGUAGUCAUAGCCUGUGGUGUCUUCCCCAUUGCCCUAAGAGGUUUGUCGAAGUGGAACGGAACUCGAUGCGCAUCUCGAACUGUCCUGGACAAUGGGCGCCGUCUUACUUCUACGUCCUCCCAUUUCUUCCUCCUCUCCUUCGUGGUCGCUUGAACCCAGCUUUCUCUUGAGCGAGCUACUACCGAUUGUAGCUCCUACGCAUGCGCCUCAUUCUGAUAGGUCUCCCUGAACUUAUUCGCAACGUGGCACGGUCUCCUCGCAUCAGACAGAUGACCUGUGCUCCUUGGACUGCAAGGCGGCGGAGAUAGGCGAAAUAACCACAGGAGAACAUAGGCCUCGAUCCCCCUGCCUUAUGCCCUCAACUCGGCAAGAGUUGGCGAACCCCCUCCUUCACUGUUGAGUGGCUCGACAUGCUUGAUAUCUCUUCCCAUAGAAAGCAGUUGUAUCCCUCCCCGAUCUCCCGGCCGAGUUCGAGCGCCUUCAGCAGCUGCCCGCUGAAAGGAAGCAUCCACUCUACGUUGUGUUCGUUCACCUCCUUGCCCUUCUCGUCGUCCCUCCCCUUCUAUUCCCAAGCGUCUAGUUAUUUGCAAUGCUUCUCCUUCUGCCCCAUCUGCGACUGAACUCGAAAUGCGAUGAAGUUGCAUGAUCCUCGCUUCAACAAAGUCCAAAACUAUUCGGAAUGAGAGUUCUGUCAUUAUGCCUACCCCUUUCGUAGCCCUGCUGCAAAUACCCUCGACUUCUCUCUUUUCACCCCGGCUCUCUCCCUCCGCUUCUUUUUCUCUCUUCGGUCCGUUGUCGGCUCGCUGAUUAGUCUCGCAGUUGAGGUAUACGAGCUUAAACCAUCAGACCGGACAUGCUCAAUAACUCUGAUCCGAGAAGGUAGAUCCUACUGGUGGUGGUUGGGAUAGGGAGUCCUGUUGCAGAAACGGGUAGUCAUUGGUGAUCGUCCAACCUGAAUAGCUUUUUCUUCACUUCUAUUUCUUGAAUUUGAUCAGGAACUGUCCUGAGAUCUUCAUUCAAUAGUACAUGAACGUGAGAGAUCAUGUCAGGUCAGCAACAC